UGGAACAUGUUAUUGAAGGAGAAUCUGAGAGUUGACUUCUUCUUUUUUUGGCUUCUUUGUUUUUUUCCUUCUUGUUUUUCAUUUUAUUUUUUUGAGCAUUUUAUUUUUUUGAGUGAGAGAAUGUGAAAACGUAUAGAUUCUGUCACGGGAUGAACCUUGAAUUCAUAGUGAGUGGGCUGAAAAUCAAUCUAGGUCACUUAAUCAGAUGCACUUUGUAUACAAAUGAACAUCAUUACAUAAUGAAGACAGAAAAGGUUGCCUUCACAAUUGUGUAUUGUUAUAUACUUAACGGCGAAUCAGUCAACCCUGUGGGUUCUUAUAAAUUGACCGAAGAAGCCAACGAAAAUCUCCAACUUCAUUCUCUAACCUGCUUGGUACCAACAGUUGUGCCAUAUGAGGUCAUCAAUGUGGGAUGCUAGCAGUGAGAAACAUGAAAAUCUCAAAGAAGCUGUCACCAUCUUCCUAAUCAUCAUGGCAGCUAUCAGUUUCUGGUUCCUCCGGACUUGGAAUAAGCACUCGAGGAACCCGGAACAAGCUCCAUUGCCGCCAGGCCCAAAUGGUGUUCCACUACUCGGUUACCUUCCAUUUCUAGGUACCAACCUUCACCACCAGUUCACAGACUUGUCAAGGGUUUAUGGCCCGAUUUACAAGCUCCAACUCGGUACCAAAUUGGCCAUUGUGGUCAGCUCACCGUCGCUUGUGAAAGAAGUGGUUCGUGACCAAGACACAAUAUUUGCCUACCGAGACCUUACAGUCGCAGCACGAAUUCUCUCAUAUGGAGGAUCUGAUAUAGUCUUUGGAACCUAUGGUCCAGAUUGGAGGAGGAUGCGCAAGGUGCUCGUGAGUCAAAUGCUAAGCAAAACCAACCUUGACGGAUGCUAUGCUCUGAGAAAGGAAGAGGUUGUGAAGUCAAUUAGUCACAUUUUUAGUGAAAAAAUUGGGACCCCAAUUGAUUUGGGGCAGUGUGCAUUUUCCACAACCAUCAACACAACCAUGCGCAUGUUAUGGGGUGGGACUCUACAAGGAGAGAAGAAAUCUGAUGCUGGAUCCGAGUUUAGAAAGGUGGUGGAAGAAAUGAUCGAGUUACUUGAGAAACCAAACGUCUCAGACUUUUUCCCUGCGCUUGCUAGGUUUGAUAUACAGGGAAUUGGGAGUCAAGCAAAGAAGCUUCUGUCAGUAACGGAAAAAAUUUUCGAUUCGGCCAUAGAAGCGCAGAUCAAUAAGGCUCAAAAUGAGCGAGUGCCACAAAACCAUGAAGAGAAGGGCUUUCUGCAGUUCCUCUUGGAGAAUAAUAAUCAUCAAGAUAGUGCAACAACGCUUACCAUACAACAAAUGAAGGCCUUGCUCAUGGACAUUGUGGUGGGAGGAACCGACACCACAGCUAUAACAGUAGAAUGGGUAAUGUCUGAGCUUUUGCAGCAUCCAGAUGAAAUGAGAAAAGUCCAAGAAGAACUAACAGAAAUUGUGGGGAUGGACCACUUAGUUGAAGACUUUCAUUUGCCGAAAUUGCACUAUUUAGAUGCUGUCAUUAAAGAAACCUCCCGAUUGCACCCAGCCGGGAGCCUUCUACCACCGCGCUGUCCAAGCCAAUCCACCACCGUUGGUGGCUAUCACAUUCCUAAAGGUUCCAGGGUUUUUCUGAAUGUUUGGUCCAUUCAUAGAAACCCUAGCGUUUGGGACAAUCCCUUGGAAUUUAGACCUGGGAGGUUCCUAAACACCGACCCCAACAACAGCUUUGAUUACUUGGGCAAUAAGUUUCAGUAUCUUCCAUUUGGUUCUGGGAGAAGAAUCUGUGCUGGGAUUCCCUUAGCAGAGAGGAUGUUAAUCUAUUUGUUGGCUUCAUUCUUGCACUCAUUCGAAUGGAGGUUGCCUGAGGAUACAGAGGUUGACCUUUCGGACAAAUUCGGGUUUGUGACUAAGAAGGUGACUCCAUUGAUUGCUAUACCAACGCUCAGGUUAACUAAAUUGGAGCUCUAUGCUUAGUUAAAUUCCCUUCACUUCACUGUAAACUCGCAGCAUGAAUUGAUUGUACAAUUAUCCAUUACACUUGGAUAAAUUUAGCUAUGAUAAGAAAAAUAACUGGGAAUGUAUGAAUUGACAUUCUACUAUUCUAGGGGUAUCUCACUUUAUUUUGGUCGAA